GGCUGGCAGGAAGAGGAAGUUGCAGAUGCUGGCAGAAGAGAAAAGCCUGGCAGAAAGAACCACAUGGUGGACAGAGAGAAAGACCAGAGAGCUGCCGUUUGGCCCAGAGAGCUGAGAGGCUCUACCAAAAGCAUUCAUUUGGAUUGGGCUGGCACAGGGAAGCCAGAUACUGUGCCUGGAAGACAGAGAGUGUGAAAGGAAUCCAGACUGGGGAUGCAGCCAGCAGAAGAUUCCUAUCUGACAAUCCAAAGAGGCUGGUAAUUGCAGUGUAUGUCUGAAUGUGCUGGACUCGCCUGAAGAGAAAUAUGUAAAGCAUCCAAAUAGGAUUUGGAUUUCAUGUCACAUGUCUUUGCAAGAGCAAAACAAAACUCAGAGUUUUUGUAAACAAAAGGAUCCCAGCUGUAUUCUUCAGAGGUUCAUUCAGCUUCUGGCAUUUUUUUGCCUGCCCAGAUUAGAUAUAGAGAACAUCACAAUUUCUGCCUCUAGGAUUCUCAGCGACACUUUUUGGUCUAAUCUCAGCUCUUCUGAAGUCAGUACUGUGGUAAAUGUGUUCCUAGAGAUUGUGGAAUUAUCAAUACUUACUUCAUUUACUAAAAAUCCCAGCAAUCAGCAUUUUAGCACCUCUGAAAUGGAUGUUGCUACCAAGGUAUCUCCAGAAAUCUGUUCUUUCCUAACCAUAAACAUGGGACUUAACAGCAUGAAAGUCUCAUGUGACCUCCUUCCUACACCUAAAGAUGGAGCCAUCUUCAUUUCAUAUAAGAACCUUCACUCCAGAUUAAGUGGGAGUUUUCUCAAGUUAUCGGAGGGCCCAGAGGAUAAUAACACUGCUGUAGUUAAUUCACAGGUGGUCAGUGGAAGCAUCACAAGCCAAUUCAGGGAAAGACUUAAAUCUCCAGUGACCUUCUACCUGAAAAAUCUGCAGGUUCCAGACUCCUCCCAGGUAUCCUUGUGUGUAUUUUGGGAUCAUAAGCUGAGUGGAUGGUCACAGAGAGGCUGUAACAUCACAUUUGCCAAUAUCUCCCACACUGUCUGCUCCUGUGAUCAUCUCUCCACCUUUGCUGUCAUCAUGGCUCCCUGUGAUGUAAAGGAAAAUCAUGGACUUCUUGUUGUCUCCCGCAUUGGUCUCAGUGUAUCUCUUCUCUGCUUGUUUCUGUCUCUUCUCACGUUUGUCCUGUGCCGUUCCCUGAGGAGCGCUCACACCUCCAUGUUGAUAGCACUGUGCGGAUGCCUCUUUCUGGGACAACUGAUCAUAUUGUUUGGCCUACAUCAAACCCAGUUUAUAAUACUCUGCUCUAUCAUUGCUGGUUGUCUCCACUACAUUCUCCUUUGUGCUUUCUGCUGGAUGACUCUGGAGAGUGUUCUCCUCUUCCUCACUGUGAGAAACCUGAAUGCAAUGAACUACUUGACAUCCCAACGUUCUCACUUCCCAACUGCCUGUUUCAUUGGGUUUGGGGUUCCUGCAGUUAUAGUUGCCAUCUCAGCUGGAGUUCGUUCUGAAGGAUAUGGCACAAGGAAAGAUUGUUGGCUCAAUCUAAGUCUCAUCUGGAGUUUCCUUGGUCCAGUUUGUGUAUUCAUCACUAUAAAUACCACACUCCUGAUUUUGACAUUCUGGCUUCUCCGAGUGCAACUAGCAUCUUCACACUCAAAAGUCUCAAGUCUUAAGAACACCCGGUUACUGGCCUUCAAGGCCCUGGCUCAGCUCUUCAUACUUGGAUCUACUUGGGUCCUUGGCUUCUUCCAGUGUGGAACUGGGGCCAUUGUGGCAUCGUAUCUGUUCACCAUCUGCAACAGCCUUCAGGGCGCAUUCAUCUUCCUUGUGCACUGCCUGCUCAAUCGCCAGGUAAGGGAGGAAUAUCGUAAAUUUUUCCGUCGGCUGCAUAUUAAGAAGCCAGAGUCAGAGACUGUAUCAGGCAGCACUAUUCCUAUGACCUUGAAAUCGGCAACUUCUUAGAAGCAAUUAAACCAGAUAUUGAUCAUCCCUAUGAAGAACGAAAGACUUCAGAUUAACCUACUAAUUGAAGCAAGGAUUUGAGGACUGAGCAUAAGCUUUACAUGGCAAACACCCAGUACUUGAAUGUUUAAUUUUAUUUUGGAUUAUUGUACAUACUCACUGCUGUAAUGUUCUUUCUGUGUCAAGCAAAAUGACACCUGAAUUUUUUUUAAAGGAGAACUAAACCCUUAAAAUGAAUAUGGCUAAAAAUGACAUAUUUUAUAUAGUGAACUUAUUGCACAUGGCUAAAGUUUCAGAUUGUCAAUAGCAGCAAUG